AAAUAAGUACAUAAUUUGAUGCAUAAACUUUGAACCUUCAUUAUUUUCUUUACAUUUUCCUUUUAUGAUUUAUUGAUUACCAAAAAUAAAUAAAUACAUAAGUAACAAAAAAAAUAAUUAUAGAGAAAAUAUACUCAUAAUUAAGAUGGUAAGAUCUCCAUGUUGUGAUAAACUAAAUGUGAGGAAGGGAGGUUGGACAGAAGAGAAAGAUAGUACUACGUUCGCGUACUUGUCGAAGAAUGGCACAGCAAAUUGGAGUUCUGUUCCAAGAAAAACAGGGACAAAAAGAUGUGGAAAGAAUUGUAGAUUAAAGUGGAAUAAUAAUAAUUAUAUGAGGCCUGAUCUAAGUGAUGAGGGUUUUACUCAACAAGAAGAAGAGCUCAUAAUCAAGCUUCAUGCUGCUGUUGGUAGCAGGUGGGGUUUGAUUGCGCAUCAACUACCAGGAAGAACAGAAAACGACAUAAAAAACCAUUGGAAUACAAAGUUAAGAAAAAAACUCACUGAGAUGGGGAUUGAUCCCAUUACUCAUAAACCCUUCUCCCAAAUCCUAGCAGAUUACGGCAACAUCGGUGGUGUGUCGAGGUCGUCUGACACCCCGAAAUACAUAGGAACUUUCAGAAGGGACUUAAAAAAAGCUACAACAUCCACCCUUACAAAACCAGAUUCUUCUACUACACCCUCAUACACUUUCCUCUCAAACUCACAACUAUCACCUAUGCAGAACAACAACAGUCACUCCCUAGACCUUCUGUCACAAUUACAAGCCAUCAGUCUUGUAACUGAAGGUCCAAAUUCUGAUGCUAAUUUACAACAGAAUAACAGCUAUGAUUUCUUAAGCUUACCUUCGCCUAAAUCAUCAUCAACUUCAUCAACAUCGGGUUGUUCUUCAAGCUAUAAUAAUAAUAAUAAUAAUAAUAAUAAUAAUAAUAAUAAUAAUAAUAAUAAUAAUAAUAAUAAUAAUAAUAAUAAUAAUGCAGGGAAAGUGUCUAAGUCUCCUGAAUGUUUCAGUUGGCAUGAUUUUCUCCUAGAAGAGGAGUUCAGACCAGCACAAAGUCAGACACAAGAACAGGAAAUGAAUGAGAUGACAGAGUUUUUAUUGAUUAAUGAGAAUAAUGCAGGGGUUGAUUGUAAUGAAAUCCAAGGUGCUUCUUCUUCGGAUGCUUCAUCAUUCAUGGAGGCGAUGCUGGAUCAAGAAAACGACAUGUUCUUGAGUUUUCCAGGGCUUAUGGAAGAGCCCUUAUACUAGUUCUUGAUUAUAAUAUACCUUGAAAUAAGAAUCUAGGAUGAAAUGAUUGAUAAUAUUUUCCAUUAUGAUUCAUUCAUGUGUUAAUUGAUGAUUAUUAUUAUACAGGCCUUUGAAUCUGAUUAGCAGGGUCAUCAAAUCUACUAUGAUAUUAUUAGUUCUGUUUUGUUUGAUAA